AUGAAGACGUGUGGAACCAAAGAGACGGCGUUGAAGUGCAUCCGGAUGCUCGACAAGUGCCUGGAAACUGGCAAGCUCGACUUGACGGGGGAGGACAUGCCAGAGGAGAUGCUGGUGAAGACGAUCAAAGCCGUGGGCAAAAUCGGCGGGAUCAAAGGGCUGAUGCCGACCCGAACCUCGACUUUGCCGAUCAAUGAAAUUAAUCUCAGCGGCAACUCGCUUCUCACACCGCCAUCGCCAACGGAGCAUUCUGCCGCGGUGAAAGCAAACUUGAAACGUCGCGCCGAAACAGUGCAACUGAUAGUACAGUUCGUUCGGGUCUCGACUGAGGCCCGCACAGUGAUCUUCGACAACUGCAACCUGGAAGGCUACAGUCACGACAAAGACGACCUGGUUGAGCUUGAGAUCGUGCGGUUAGUGAAGAAGUUCGGAGCCGGGAAGAACUCAAGGUACGCCGAGAAAGUGUCGUUAAGUGGCAAUCGCUUCGGCCAAGAGUUCUGCCGGCGUAUCAUUGAGGGCGCCUACUGGGAGCGCAACCGGCACACCGGUCCCAAAGAAACCAUGCCAAAGCUUUUCUUGGACUUGUCCAAGAAUCGCAUAAUUCACCCGGAGAGGAUUGUGGAUGAGCUGAAGGAGGGCAAAACAGCCGGAGGGCCCAUGAGCCUCGCGACCACCACCGAUCCUGAACAUGUUCGCAAGGAUGCGCUCAUCGUUCUGGACAUUUCGGGCCAGCGGGAUCACUCGCCCUCCGCGCCACGAGCGGCAGAGGAGGCCGUCUCCGCGGCGUCCCUCUCGCAGCCCGCCUCGCCGGUCGCGAAGCCGGUCCAGGACACCCAAGCGCUCGGAGCGCUCGCCCAGCCGGCGAAGAGACAGACGCGACAGCCGCAGAAGGGACAGCCGCAGGCGGUCACCCUCGAGACGCAGCCCCUCACGCCGGCGACGAACUACAACAACGAGUUGGUGAAGUCCAUCGAAGAUUUGCGCGAGAAGCGUGAAGAACUGAAUCGCCAAAUCCUGAAGGAAGAGGAGGACAAGGCAAAAGUACAGAAAGAGCUGUCGCUGCUCACGGAUCGCCUGCAGAAGGUCAAUGAAAGCCUUGUUCGCAAGACCCAGGCCCGCAAUGAGUAUGACAAGACGAUCCAGGAAACCGAGGCAGCUUACAUGAAGAUCCUGGAAUCUUCGCAGACCCUACUGCACGUGCUCAAGCGUGAGACCGUCAACUUGACCAAGAAGAAGCAGGGCUCAGACUGA